UGUGAAAAAAAAAAUUACCAAAUGUUUUCUAUUUUCCCGCGGAAAUUUGUUGUUUUAUAACAGGUUAAAAGUGAAAAGGAAUGUGUAGUUUUUCGGAAUAAAACAGCAAAUUUAUUAAAUAUGGCUAGUAUAGAUGAAUUAAAAGUAAAUUUUCACUUUAUGGACAUCGAAGCAAAAAACGAUAUUCUUGAAAAGUGCCUAGAAUUGUGUUCUAAGUAUGAAGUUAGUGCUGAAGAUCUUGUUGACCAAUGGUCUGCAUUUGCAGCUUCACAUUUUAACACUAUAACUCCUACACUAGCUGCAUUGGAAUUGAUGGAACACAGAGAACUUAUAAAGCAGCAGCAGCAGCUACGACAAAAGAGACGAUAUUUAAAAACUGAAGUAAAACCCGCUUUAACUACAGAGGCUCAAACCCCCGAAACAGUGAAGUCCAAGAAAAGGCAUCGAAGUCCAGAAGAUGACAAAGAAAAUCUUCCUUCCACAUCUGCCCUGAAUAUUUCAGAAAGUUUUACAUACCAUAACAGAUCAAACCCUCUGAAAGUAUUAUUGUCUACUGCCUACACCACUAAAAAUAUUAGUAGAAAUUAUAAUUCAGCAGUAUCUGUAUGUGUAAAGCAGUAUGGUCCACAGAGCAACUGGUUAUCAGUAGAAGCAAAAUAUAUGUUUGAAAAACCAAAAAUAAUAACCACUUGUAUCAAUGAAAUUAUUGAAUAUUUAGGGCACUCACUUAUCAAAAAGUACAAACUGGAGAAUCCCCAGGGAAUUUUACAACUUACAGGCAACAUUGUAACUUUUGGACGAAUUUGCUGCAAUCCCAAAGGAAAGUUGAAGCCGACGUCGAUACAGUUGGAAUAUUCGGUCGAAUUGGGACAAGGAAACAGAAUAAGUUUGAAUUUGUCGAAACUGCCUUCAUAUGCCUUGUUUCCGGGACAGGUCGUCGCUGCCGUGGGAGAAGUGAUACAUGGUAACACAGUGGUUGCUCACGAAUUGUAUUCAAACGUCACCUUGCCCUUAUCCUUGGAGGAAAUUAAAAUUCCAGACACGCUUGAAAUGAUAAUAGCCGCAGCACCUUUUACAUUUAACCAUAACAUAGCCUAUGAACCACUUCAGGAUCUUUUAAAAUACGCCGCUGAGAAAAAACCCCACUUACUAGUACUUACAGGGCCUUUAUUAGAUGAAUCGCACGAAAACUUAACAGACGAAUGCUUAUUGGAAUCUUACGAUUCGCUUUUCAAUAAUUUAAUCGACUGCAUUAUGACUACUUUUAAAGAUCUAACGACGCAAGUGGUCAUCGUAGCGUCUCAGAAAGAAAUAUUUCAUGUUCCUGUGUAUCCCACUCCGCCUUAUGUAAGCAAGAAUAAGUAUCCCAAUUUGCAUUUUGUGCCUGAUCCUUCAAUGUUGGAUAUUGGGGGCCUCAUAGUGGGAGUCACAGCUACAGAUGUUCUCUUUCAAAUGAGCAGAGAGGAGAUUAGUUUGGGUCGAUCGGGAGACAGGAUGUCACGCCUCGUUUCCCAUUUGAUUGAACAACAAAGUUUUUAUCCCUUGAUCCCCCCAAAACUUAGGGUCAGUUAUCGACUUUUAGAAAAACAUGCAACGAUGGACGUCACUCCUCACCUACUUAUAUUACCAUCUACUUUAAGAUAUUUUAUAAAGGACAUUUACAAUGCUUGUAGUAACAGCCUUUCAAAGGCAGUAAUAGGUGAAGAUGAUGAAAGUUUGACUCCUUGUUUAAACAACACCGAAGAUAAGACAUUUUCUUUAGUACUGCUAAUGUAUACUUUUUUGGGACCCAUUUUGUGCCUCGUUGCUUUAGGAAUUCUAAAAGGUAUAUUGGGAUUGUGCUGUUGUCCAGUAAUCGGAAUGUACGGUUUAGGGCUCCUAGUCCAGUUACCACGUCCUUUAGACCAGUACCAAGAGAAAGAAUUUAGACAUUGCCCGGUGCAGUAUGACGAACUUGGUUGGCCUGUUAAUCCUUACACUGGUAUGCGCACAGUUCGAGCGAUAAGCAAAAGAUCAGAAUUCUUUUUAAAUACCAUUUUCUUCUUGGCGUUUCCUUUGGCGACCUGUUGUAAAAUUUGUAAUGCUUGCUGUAACUCUUCAAGCAAUGUUGAAAAGAUCAAAUUCGACGUAAGAAGCAUUCCGUCCAAAUGUAUGCAAGAAUGCAGAAGACGGGGACCCAGUAAAAUGGAAAAAAAGAAGAAGAAAUGUCGAUUACCAAAGCCACAUGUUUACAGUGAUUCGGAUACAACUGAAGCAAGCGACACGAAAUACGUCUUAGAACAGUUAAGAAAAAGUGAACAGUCCCUUAAGGUGAGUCUCCUCUCCAUCUCAAGUAUUUAAUUUUAUUUAAAGCUACAAACAUACUUAGGAUUAGUAGUCUAAAGUCCAAAUGGUAGAUCAAAUGAAGUUACAAUUACUUACGAUCAAUUUACGUUGUGAAGUUGCAAAUUAUGUAAUACCUUCAAUUUUAUUACAGAACUGCACGUACUUUGACAACGCUUGAUAUAUUGUUAAAAAGAUGAAAAUGAGACUGAAUAUUUCAUUUGGAGCAUCUCUUAAACAUGUAUUUUUAAAAUAUUAACAAAUACUUUAUAAAAUAAAAUGCUACAUAGGUAUCUAAUGUGAUAUUCUAACAUUACUUUAAUGACGAAGAUAAAAACGCUUUGACAGAUUGAAGAUCGUUUAAUGAAAUGAAAAAUUGCUAAACAGUAAAAAGAAAAAAAAUAUUCCUUUAAAUAUAACAGUAGGAAUGCUAACUGUAAAUAUGAAAAAUAAAUAGAAAUAUUCCAACUUCUUUAACAUUACGACUACCAUCCGUCAUGAAAUCUGCCGCCCCCACGGCCACCUCCUCUUCUUCCUCCCCCGUCGCGAGCUCUUUCUUGAUCCUUCCUCUCGCGCCAGGCUUCAUAACGCUUACUCAUUUCAAAUAUUUCUUCAGGAACAUACUACAUCCCAACAGAAUAUAAUUAUUUACAACUGACUUACAAUGUAUAA